CAACCUCGCCCAUCGAGAUUUGGCCGCAUCCGAAUUGCGACAAACAAGCACCUCGAGCCUGGAUCUAGGGCUACAGGGUGUCAACUCAACAAAUGGUUCCUCCUACGAUCAAGAGGUGACCUUUUGGUCUUUCACUCUGCCUUGUCACCGGAACAGCUCAAAAUUCGAAAUCCAACCGUCACCAUGAGUAGUGCCAGAGGCAAAGGCAAAGGUGCCGGGAGGGCGAGCUCGUCCUCCUCCUCUUCCCCGACCAGACCUCCUCGAGAGCCACGGCUAGACACACGACCGGACUCACGGCCUCUCCUCCCGCGCAGCCCGUCCGCCCUGCUCUUCCCGCCCGCGCCGCCGCCCCUCCAUAUCACCAUCCGCUUUAGCAUCGCCCUCCCCGACAUCCACCUCGACAUACCCUCGCCACAGCAGACCACGGUCGUUGCACUCAAACACCUAAUACGUGGCCGCCUCGCAGCCGCUGCCAAAGCCGAAGCCAAAUCCAAAGCUGAAGCUAGCGCCGGAAGCGAAACCACCGGAGAAACCGACGACUCCUCCCGCGCCAACAGCCCUUCACAACCCACCCCAGCAGCGCAAGCCUCCCUCGCCCGCCUCCGCUUCAUCCACAACGGCCGCAUCCUCCCCGACACCUCCGCCCUCGGCUCCGUCCUCAAAGCGCCCCCACCGCCACCCAUCUCCCACCACCCCGACCCCAAAGGCAAAGCCCCGGCAGGCCUACACCACCAACAACAACGCGUCUUCAUAAACUGCAGCAUCGGCGACGCCCUCCCCGAAGCCGACCUCACCGCCGAAGCCACCGCGGCCACCCUCCCACCUCUUCUCCCGCCCCUCUCCCCCUCCCUCUCCCCACGCCCGGGAACCCCCCACCUGACCAUCACCCCUCCCAACCGCCACCCAAACGAAACCGGACCCGGAACCGGAAAUGAAAACCAACCCCAACCCCACCCCCAAAACCAGAACACAACAACAACAACCCCCGCCCCAGCCGGCUUCGACCGCCUCCUCCAAGCAGGCCUGACCGCCCCCGAGAUCUCCACCCUCCGCUCCCACUUCCGCGCCAUCCACACGGCGCGCUUCGCCCCCGACGCCAUGCCCUCGCCCGACACCCUGCGCUCCAUGGAGGAUGCGUGGCUCGAUGGCGGGUCACACCUGCCGACGACGCCCGCUACGGCGGGGGGUGGUGGUGGUAAUGUUGCAGGGGGUGGAAGGGGUGGGUAUUUUGCGGGGGAUGGAGGGGGUGCUGGGGAUGCGGAAGGUGGGGAGGGUGCUGGUGGUGGGGGGGUGGAUGAUGCGUUUGGGUUGAGUGCGGUUGCGGGGCCGUUGAUUCAUGGGAUGCUGAUUGGGUUUGUGUUUCCGCUUGGGGUGGUGGCGUGGUUGGGCAAGGAGGAGGGGGUGUGGUCGCGGCGGAUGCAGGUGUUUGUGGUGUUUGGGGUGUUGUUGAGUGUGUCGGUUGGGCUGGUGAGGGAGUUGACGGGGGAGGGAUAAUGGGGGGAUUGCAUGGCGGUUCGGA